CGUACGCUCGGCCCGGAUCGUGCCAGUCCGGCCAAAAAUCGGUCACAACAUUGCUAAAUUAAAAUUUUUAGAACAGUGCCGCACGCAACAGCGACUAGUUGUGUACUUGUGCGUACGGGCUAGUCACUCACCGUGUCCCCGCUGUCUUUAUCAUGAGUACGCCGACUAGAAAACGAAUCCGCAACUUCAUACAGGCUUACAAAAGCUUACCCCAACUGUGGGAUAGGAAACACAGGGAUUAUUUAAACAAAUCCGAAAGAAGUAAAGCGUUUGAGAUUCUAAGAAAGGUAUAUCAACAAAUUGAGGAAGACGCCUCUGUGCAGACAGUCAAGAGAAAAAUAAACGAUUUGAGGAGUGUGUACAUGAAGGAAUUGAAGAAGGUGAGGGCAUCGAGGCUGACGGCGAGGAGCCCCGGGGACGUGCACGAGCCGACGCUGUGGCACUACAAGGACAUGAGCUUCCUGGAGCACGUGUUGUGCGCGGACGCGUCGGCGCCGCCGCCCGGGGAAGAACAAACGCCAAGCAGCCCUGAACCUUUGAUGGUCUUCAAAAUUGAGGAUGUUAGUACGCCAAACGAACACGAGGCGACAUACGAAGAUAGCGAGGAUUACGGAGAAGGAGAAAGCUCAUCCAUCACCUGCACGCAACCCAGCGCGAGUUCCAACGUCAGAAACAACAGCGUCAACUGCUCAUCGGGCUGCGCGGCCAUGUUGGAUCCCGAUGACGUCAUCGGCCGGUCCAUCGGCGUGCAGCUGAAGGACCUCGACAAGAAACAGAAGACGAUAGCAAUGAAGUUGAUAUCGGACGCAAUUUAUUACGCGAAUCUGGGAAGGCUAGACGAAACGAGCUAUUUGCACUUGUAGAAAAUAUUUUUCGGUCGGGGAUCUUAAGUUAAUUUUAAAAGAACUUCAUUAAUUUCACUGCCAAAUAGUUUUUAAUUUUAUUGUUAUGUAGGAUAUCAAGUUUAUUACAA